GGCUGUGUUUGUGGACAAACUCUUCAAGCCAAAGCCGGAGUUUCUGGAUGUCCUGAAGCAGUCCUAUUCUGCAGAGGGCUUCAGUGUUGACUUUCUCAAUUCUACAGAGGCCGCCAAUACCAUCAAUCAGUAUGUAUCUGAUAAGACUAACGGGAAGAUAAACAAGCUGGUAGAAAGCCUGGAUCCAAACACAGUUAUGUACCUUCUCAGCUACAUCUACUACAAAGGAAAUUGGAAAACUCCAUUUGAUCCUCGAGAUACCAGAGAAGAUGAUUUCAAUGUGGAAGAAAACAAAAAGGUUAGGGUACAGAUGAUGAGAAUGGAAGAAGAUGUUAGUACUUAUAUCGACCAGGAGAUCCACACAUCAGUUCUCCACCUGCCCUUCAACAACUCCUACUCCAUGCUGCUGCUCUUACCUGACAAUAUGACAUUGCUGGAGAACAAUAUCUGCCCUGCGCAUGUCAAUAAGUGGUUGAAGUGGAUGAAAACAAGGAAAUACAACAUAUUUGUUCCCAAGUUCUCCAUCAAGACUUCCUACAAGCUGAAUGAUGUGUUGACUGGGAUGGGAAUGACAGACAUGUUUGGGGAUCGGGCUAAUCUGAGCGGCAUUGCAGAGGGACAGAAUCUGGCUGUCUCAGAGGUUGUGCACAAAGCCACGCUGGAUGUAGAUGAGACUGGAGCAACUGCUGCAGCAGUUACUGGUAUUGGCAUCACACUUCUGUCCUUACGCAUCAUUCCAGAGUUGAAGUUCAACCGUCCUUUCAUGGCGAUCAUCAUUGAGAGAAACACAAAUGAGAUGCUUUUUAUUGGCAAGAUUGUCAACCCAAACAUCUGAGGAAAGAGAGCUUUUGUUGUGCAAACCAAAUACAAGGGGAAUACUUUGUCUGAUGUUUUGUUCCUACUGCAUACAUAAAUAAAAGAUAAAAAA